GCUCUCUAUGCUGCAGCCUCAAAGCACAACACCUCUACGACUCUUCCUGUGUGCUCCCCUGUAAUCAUCCAUUUGCUGCUCUGAGGAUUAAUCAGCUCCACUUACAGCACCAUGGAUGAACUGCAGGACGUUCAGUUGACAGAGAUCAAACCGCUCCUGAACGAUAAGAACGCAGCUCGCAACUUCCAGGACUUUGACUGCCAGGAACAUGACAUUGAGACAGCUUUUGGAGUGGUCCAUGUCACCAUGAGGGGCACACCCAAGGGGAACAGACCUGUCAUCCUCACAUACCAUGACAUUGGCCUCAACCACAAAUCCUGUUUUAAUGCAUUCUUUAACUUUGAAGACAUGCAAGAGAUCACUCAGCAUUUUGCUGUGUGCCACGUGGAUGCACCAGGCCAGCAGGAAGGAGCACCCCCAUUCCCAUCUGGGUACCAGUAUCCCAGUAUGGAUGAGCUGGCUGAGAUGCUGCCUGCUGUUCUGACACACCUAAACCUGAAAAGCUUCAUCGGGAUUGGACUUGGAGCUGGUGCUUAUGUCCUCAGCAGAUGUGCACUCAGCCACCCCGACCUGGUGGAGGGACUUGUUCUUAUUAACGUUGAUCCAUGUGCAAAGGGCUGGAUUGACUGGGCAGCAUCCAAGUUUACAGGCUGGACAACCAACGUAGUGGAUAUUGUCUUGGCACAUCAUUUUGGCCAUGAGGAACUACAGGCAAAUCUGGAUUUGAUCCAAACAUACAGGCUUCAUAUUGCACAGGACAUCAACCAAGAUAACCUCCAGCUCUUCCUCACCUCAUACAACAGUCGUAGAGACCUGGAGAUUGAGAGACCAGUUAUUGGCAUCAAUGAAAACACUGCAAAAACACUCAAGUGCCCUGCCUUGCUUGUGGUUGGCGACAACUCACCUGCUGUGGAAGCGGUGGUUGAAUGCAAUUCACGUCUUGACCCAACCAAAACAACCCUCCUGAAGAUGGCUGACUGCGGGGGCCUGCCCCAGGUGGUCCAGCCUGGCAAGCUGACUGAAGCCUUCAAGUACUUCGUGCAGGGAAUGGGCUACAUGCCAGCAGCCAGCAUGACCCGGCUGAUGCGCUCCCGCACCCACUCCUCCUCCAGCGUGGGCUCUGGCGAGAGCAGCCGCAGCCGCUCCCAUGCCAGCAACCAGGGCGAGGGCAGCGCCGGCACCCCCGAAGGGAUCGACCUCCAGGACACGCCGCAGACCAUGGAACUGUCGUGCUAGGCAGGAGCUCCUGGACCCACACCCCUGCACUCGCCCCCACCGAACCCACUCCGACUCUCGCGUUUCACCCACCGUGGCAUUAACCGUCCUCCCUUACUCGUGCAUGCCCAUCCCAGCGGCCGCCCCCCCGGUAGUCUGUCCUGGCAUUACUUUGGCCCGUGGCAUCGGAGCCUCUUUGCAACUCGUCGACAUUCCGCGGCCGUCGCGCGCCCCGUUCCCGUCCGUGCUGCUGGCGUCUCCCGUCGCCGCGUCCGUCCGGAUGGCGGCCCUUGUCCCCCCUCUUCAUUUCAAUACAGUUUCUGUGGCUUUGUGGCUAGAAUCGCUUUCUAGUUGUGCUUCUGCUAAAGGACCCUUGUGGUGCAGCUGCGUGGCGUCUGCAGGCUGCGGGGAAGCGAGGCCGUGGCGCCGGAGCAGAGCUAUGCCAGGAGCUCAGCACGCCCAGGGCACAGACGCUGCCUCGGUCUGACCUCGGUGCGCGUGAAGAAGGGGCAGAGUGGUCUCUCACCCGAGCUCCUGAAAGGGCAAAGCGGAGUAAGCUCACGCUGCCGAGCCUGGGCAGAGGGAUGAGCCGCAGCCGCGGCUGCCAGGCAGCGGUGCCCCGUGCCACGCCGAGCCCCGCCGUGCCAGCCCUGCGCCGGGGUCUGCUCGGGGGGUGACCCGCGGCCUCCGGCUGCUGCCUCAUGGCUGGCCGGGACGCGGGGCGGGAACGAGCCGGCUGCCGGUGCCAGGGUCUGGCUGGUAAUGGGAGAAAAGGGAUGAGCGGUCAGGCUGCUGCAGCUCUGGGUAGAUGAGCAAAACAGCCCUUGGUAACUGCUGAGCAGCCCUGGCUCGCCGGGAGCCGCCUCCCCGACAGCUGAGCUCGCGUCCUGCUCCGUUCCACGGCAGGAACGGGACCGGGAGGCUCUGCCUGAGGGGCACUUUGUACCAGUUAUUAAAUAAAGCUAUAACUGAGUUUCAUUGUUA